AUUUGUAGAAUUAGAUUUUUAGUUCUUGUUAGAAUUAGAUUUUUUACAUUUUUAUUAAGUUUAAAUUUUAUAUUAAAUGAAUAUUGUGUAUUUUUAGAAUGAGAAGUAGUUAGAUUAAAUUCUUCUAGAAUUGUUAUAACAUUUUUGUUUGAUUGAAUGAGUUUAUUAUUUAUAUCUUUUGUUUUAUUGAUUUCUUCUUUAGUUAUUUAUUAUAGAAAAGAAUAUAUAAUAGGAGAUAUCAAUAUUAAUCGUUUUAUUAUGUUAGUUCUUAUAUUUGUUUUAUCAAUGAUAUUAUUAAUUAUUAGUCCUAAUUUAAUUAGAAUUUUAUUAGGGUGAGAUGGUUUAGGAUUAGUUUCUUAUUGUUUAGUAAUUUAUUUUCAAAAUGUAAAAUCUUUUAAUGCUGGGAUAUUAACUGUUUUAUCAAAUCGAAUUGGAGAUGUCGCUUUUUUAUUAGCAAUUGCUUGAAUAUUAAAUUAUGGGAGAUGAAAUUAUAUUUUUUAUUUAGAAUCAAUAAAAAAUAUAAUUGAAAUACAAAUUAUUGGGGGUUUAAUUAUAUUAGCAGCUAUAACUAAAAGAGCACAAAUUCCUUUUUCUUCUUGGUUACCUGCGGCUAUAGCAGCUCCUACCCCAGUUUCUGCUUUGGUUCAUUCUUCAACUCUAGUUACAGCUGGAGUUUAUUUAUUAAUUCGAUUUAAUAUUUUAUUAAGAGAAAGUUGAAUAGGUCAGUUUUUGUUGUUAAUUUCUGGUUUAACAAUAUUUAUAGCUGGAUUAGGUGCUAAUUUUGAAUUUGAUUUAAAAAAAAUUAUUGCUUUAUCAACUUUAAGUCAAUUAGGUUUAAUAAUAAGAAUUUUGUCUAUAGGAUUUUAUAAAUUGGCUUUUUUUCAUUUAUUAACUCAUGCCUUAUUUAAGGCUUUAUUAUUUAUAUGUGCAGGAGCUAUUAUUCAUAAUAUGAAUAAUUCUCAAGAUAUUCGUUUAAUAGGGGGUUUAGGAAUUUAUAUACCAUUAACUUCAGGUUGUUUUAAUGUAGCAAAUUUAGCUUUAUGUGGAAUACCUUUUUUAGCAGGGUUUUAUUCUAAGGAUUUAAUUUUAGAAGUUGUUUCUUUAAGUUAUAUUAAUAUAUUUUCUUUUUUUUUAUAUUUUUUUUCUACUGGUUUAACAGUUUGUUAUUCUUUUCGUUUAAUUUAUUAUUCAAUAACUGGUGAAUUAAAUUGUGGUUCUUUAAAUAUAUUAAGAGAUGAGGGUUGAAUUAUAUUACGGGGAAUAAGAGGUUUAUUAUUUAUAAGAAUUAUUGGAGGUAGAAUAUUAAGUUGAUUAAUUUUUCCAACUCCUUAUAUAAUUUGUUUACCAUCUUAUUUAAAAUUAUUAACUUUAUUUGUAUGUAUUUUAGGGGGUUUAAUUGGUUAUUUAAUUUCUAAUGUUUCUUUAUAUUAUUUUAAUAAAUCUUUAAAUAGAUAUUUACUAAGUUAUUUUUUUGGUUCAAUAUGAUUUAUACCUUUUAUUUCUACUUAUGGGAUUAUUAAUUAUCCAUUAAUUUUAGGGGGGGUUGUUUCUAAGUCUUUUGAUCAGGGUUGAUCAGAAUUUUUAGGAGGUCAAAAUUUAUACAAUCAUUUAGUUAAAUAUUCUCAAUAUAGAUAUUUUAUACAUAAUAAUAAUUUAAAAAUUUAUCUUAUAUUAUUUAUUUUAUGAAUUAUUUUCUUGUUUAGUUUUUUUUUAUUGUUUU